UCUAUCACUCGGUGCUUAAUGGAACUAUUCUAAUUUUCUUUUUCAAAUUCAUACAAUAGUAACUUUUUUUUUUCUCUCUCUCUCUUUUUUCCAAUUUGACCUCACUACUAUUAAUCUCCUUUCUCUAUAAAGCUGCUUAUCUUACAUCAAUGCUUCACCCCUUCAUUCUUCAAACCCUUUUUCAUAAAAGAAAUAUUAAUCUUAGUGUUCCCUUAGUGGUAUUGCAUGUGGUGAGGAAUCACUUGGUUUAGCUUUAUAAUUAAAUCAUUACCAACUUUAUAUCUUAAACUCCUUCACUUAUAUCUAUAUACUUAUAUAAGUAUUCUUCAUCUUUUGUUUCUUUAAACAUUUAUUUUCCAAAAUCAGAAUUGUGAUUUGAUACUUCAUACACUAAAAUGGGUGAGGAAGCAAAACAGGAGGAACAACCAAAGGUUGAGGUGAAGCAAGAGGAGAAGAAAGAAGAAAAGACUGAGGAGAAGCAAGUAGAGGAAAAGAAGGAGGAAAAGAAGCAAGAAGAAGAGAAAAAGGAAGAGCCAAAACCACCUUCACCAUGUGUGCUUUUUGUGGACUUGCAUUGUGUAGGAUGUGCCAAGAAGAUUCAAAGAUCUAUUAUGAAAAUGAGAGGAGUUGAAGGAGUGCUAAUUGACAUGGCUAAAAAUGAAGUUACUAUAAAGGGUAUAGUUGAGCCUCAAACUAUAUGUAAUACAAUUAUAAAGAAAACAAAGAGAAGAGCAAGUGUUAUAUCUCCAUUGCCUCCGGCAGAAGGAGAACCUAUUCCUGAAGUUGUUAAUUCUCAGGUUAGUGGACCAGAAACAGUGGAACUUAAUGUGAACAUGCAUUGUGAGGCUUGUGCUGAGCAACUCAAGAGAAAGAUACUCCAAAUGAGAGGUGUUCAAACAGCAGUGACAGAGUUUAGCACAGGAAAAGUAACAGUGACAGGAACCAUGGAUGCAAACAAGCUAGUUGAAUAUGUCUACAGAAGAACCAAAAAACAAGCAAAAAUAGUUCCUCAACCAGAACCUGAACCAGAAAAGAAAGAAGAAGAAACCAAAAAAGAAGAAGAAGCUAAACCCGCGGCAUCAGAAGAAGAAGCUAAACCAGAAGGGAAUAAGAAAGAAGAAGAGAAACCAACCGAAGAACCAAAGAAAGAAGAGGGAGGUGAGAAUAGUAAAAAUGAGGAGAACAAAGAAGAAAAGGGAGGUGAAGAAAGCAAAGAAGAAGCAAAGAAAGAAGAGAAUAAUAAUGGUGCUAUGGUUAAUAUUGAUGAAGAAGGAAUGAAGAGAAUGAUGUAUUAUUAUCAGUAUCCUCCACUCUAUGUGAUUGAUCGUAUUCCACCACCUCAAUUAUUCAGUGAUGAAAAUCCAAAUGCAUGUUGCAUUUCAUAGUAAUUUUGGGAGUUUAUAAUUGGUGGAUUAUGGAGGGAAAAAUGUGUUUAAAUGGAAUAAGCACUUAUAAUAAUUAAGCUGAUUAAUGAUAUAUCGUUAUGUCUUUUUUUAA